CUGGUUCCCGGGGCCUCGAAAUAAAGCACCACAUAUAACCUCCUUAGAGUGGUUAUGUGUUCUUCUCUCGGCUAACAGUUUUGGCGAUUCUGGUGGGACCUCGCGGGCAUUGCUGAGGCGGCUCGCGCAUCGAUCCAGCUCCAGCCGGCACCGAGUGAUUCUCGGGGAGCCAUCGACCGCGACCGACCUCCGGUGCUCUCGACGGACCAACGGCAUUGAGCCUCGGAAUUUACAUGAACUGAGAACAUUCCUUGGAAUGGCGGGUUGGUGCAGGUUAUGGAUAUCGGACUAUGCACUGAUAGCUAAACCUUUAUAUGAGGCACAGAAAUCUCAGACCUUCGUUUGGGAAGGGUCCCAAAAGGAAGCUUUUAAAAAGCUAAAAGAAGCGUUAAUAAAAGCACCCGCCCUGGGAUUACCGGAUUUAACCAAGGACUUCCAGCUGUUUGUGCACGAGAGACAGAGAUUGGCAUUGGGAGUCCUGACGCAGAGACUGGGAAGCUGGAAGCGACCAGUGGGAUACUUCUCCAAACAGCUGGAUCUGGUAAGUGCUGGAUGGCCAUCGUGCCUACGAGCAGUAGCAGCAACAGUGACAUUAAUACAAGAAGCAAGAAAAUUGACCUUAGGAAAACAUAUUGAUGUAUAUGUGCCACACAUGGUAAUGACUGUUUUAGAACAAAAAGGGGGGUACUGGCUAUCCCCAAGUCGGAUGAUGAAAUACCAGGCGGUAUUAACUGAACAAGAUGAUGUGACUCUAAAGACAACUAACCUGUUGAACCCAGCAGCUUUUCUAGGUACAAAUACAGAGGACGGCAUAUUAGAACACGAUUGUGGGGAGACGAUUGAAUAUACAUAUGCGACGAGGGCUGAUUUGAAGGAUGCCUCACUUGAGCAACCUGAUGAGGAACUUUUUACUGAUGGAAGCAGUUUUGUGGAAGGUGGGGUCCGUUAUGCUGGAUAUGCAGUAACCACACAAAACGCCCUAAUAGAAGCAAAAGCUCUGCCCCCAGGGACUUCAGCACAACGGGCAGAGAUAAUAGCUCUCACCAGAGCUUUAGAACUGAGCAAAGGGAAGCGGGUAAAUAUAUGGACAGAUUUGAAAUAUGCAUUCGGUGUGGUCCAUAUACACGGAGCUCUAUGGAAGGAACGAGGGCUCCUGUCCUCACAAGGGACAAACAUAAAAUACCAAGAGGAAAUUCUGAAUUUAAUAACUGCUGUGCAAUUACCAGAACAGGUGGCUAUCAUGCACUGUAAAGCGCAUCAAGGAGGAAAUUCUAAGAUAGCCGAAGGAAAUACAUUUGCGGAUCGGAUGGCUAGACGAAUUGCACGACAGGUACAGACUGUUAUGGCCCUGGUACCAACAAAGGUGAGCCCAUUACAGAAUUAUAUGAACAAAAAACCAGGAUAUUCAGAAGAAGAUGUUAAAUUGGCUGAAUUAGUAAAGGCUCGAUUGAACUCGGAAGGAUGGUACGUAACCACUACUGGACAAGUGGUGGUACCACCUGCCAUCAUGCGGACAAUUUUACAAACCGAACAUCAAAAAUGUCAUUGGGGGGGCAGAGGCAUUGGUAACAUAUUUAAAACGAGGAAUGAUCUCUACACGGAUGUUAACAAUGGCAAAAUCCAUAGGAUCUAAAUGUGAAAUUUGUUUAAAAAAACAAUCCAGUAGUCAAGAGGAAAGUAGAAAUGGGACAUAUCAGAGUAGGUAUGGAGCCGGGUGACUAUUGGCAAAUUGAUUUUGUGGAAUUACCCAAGACACAGGGAUACCGAUACUUGUUAGUAGGGGUUGACACUUUUUCUGGAUGGCCAGAAGCCUCUCCCUGUCGCACCAAUCACGCUAAGGAAACAGUGAAAUGGUUGUUGAAAGAGAUCAUCCCUAGAUUCGGAGUCCCGUUGGGUAUAUCAUCAGAUAGAGGACCGCAUUUUACAGCAACUAUAGUUCAGGAAGUCAGUGAACUGUUAGGAAUAUCCUGGAAUCUUCAUACCCCAUGGAGGCCACAGUCCAGUGGACAGGUGGAAAAGAUGAAUCAAACAAUUAAACACAUCUUGGUGUCUCAGGUGGACAGGGAAAUAUAAUAUAGCAGGAAAUAUGAACCUGUUGUCAUUAAACAGAGUCAGUCUAGAUACUGUUAAAAAUGUUCCUUGGUGGAAUUGCACCAGGAUAAUAGAUUGCGAUACUGAUCCAGAAAACAUUGCAAUGCCCCCAAUUAGAAUUGCUUUAAAAGCAGGAUGUGCAUGCCGAGGAUUUAAAGUUGGAGGAAAAACGAUACAAGCCCCGGCUGAUGGAAUAAACUGCAGAUAUUUGAUGAUACAUAGCAUGGGACAUCUUGUUUGGGCACUCAGUGAUGGUACCUGGACCACCCACCUUCCAAUAACAGGGCCAGUGCGGGAAAUUACCUUGGGACUCCCCACUUUGUGUCCAAUUUGGAAGCGUUCCCCAUUCAGGGGCAAACUAGAAACUUUGCAGAUUUGAACCAAAAGAAGUGUUGAUGAUGACAUUGACAAUAUAGAUGACACUUGGCAAGAGCCUGAGACAGGAGUGAAAGCAGGAUGGGCACUCAAAUCCCUUUUUGCUCAAAUAGCUGCAUAUCGCAAUAGGGAAGUGAUUUAUAAUUUAAUUGGACAAACUGAGAGAUUGGCCAAGGUGACUAAAAAAGGCUUUAUGGAUCUAAAUUUGCAAUUACAGGCGACAACCAAAAUGACUCUGCAGAACAGAAUGGCAUUAGACACAUUGCUGUUAAAGGAACAUGGUGUUUGUGGAUAUCUCAAAGAUAGAAUCGAUCACUGCUGUGUACAUAUACCAAACGUAACUGCAGAUAUAGAAUAUGACAUUGCUCAAUUAGGGAAAAUUGAAAAGGAAGCUGAAAAGGAAAAAGAAGAAAUAAGUCAAAAUUGGGUAGGAGCAUUAUUUGAUGGAUUGGGAAUCCACCUUACUGGAUGGAUUCAUUCCCUCAUAGAGACAGUGUUUACUCUAUUACUUGUGUUCCUCGCAAUCUAUGUGGUAUAUUUUUGUAUUCGAAGAGAAAUAACCCGGAAUACCAGUUGGACACAUAAAAUCAUUGGAGCAGUGACUCGAGAAUAUCCACGACACCCAAUAACUCCUCCUCUUACCUAUCAGGAAACUACUACAUGAGUGAAAACACUUGCAAAAGAUGAAGUAUUUUCAAAGGGGGGAAAUGUUAGAUAUAUAGAAUAAUUAGACUUGUGAUUUGCUUGAUUUAUGUUCCGUUAAGCCUGUUGCUAAGCCAGAGAAGUUUGGUAACUAGGAUGUGGACAUAGAUAUAUGAGACUAUCCAAGCGAAACAGUACUCCCCAGAUUACUUCAAAGCAGAACCUUUAAGAUAAGAAAUGAAGAUGCAUACCAGUACCAGUCAGAGAGAGAUAAGGAGAAUGCUGGUGCAAGCACCAUCGUUGGAACCUAUCCAGGACUCGAAAGGUGAAAAGUACACAGCGAGGAAGACGUCUUACUUCAUCUGAGGAAGACUGCUUACUUCAUCUUGAGACCCCUGCCCACGACCACCAGGAGGCACUGCGCAAGCGCAGAACAUAUGGAAAUGACUUUUGUACUCAUUAUAAUACGAAGCGGGGAUAGGUCAUGAAUAUGUAUCAGCAUAGUGGGAAAGGUGAUGCAUAUGUAAUACUUUACAGGAUAAAUUGUGAGCACGUUGUAACGGUCUUCGGAACCAGAUUUGGGUGCGUACCCCUGGUUCCCGGGGCCUCGAAA